GGGUUUUUAGGGUCCAAGGGGUUUUCAUUGUCGCUUGUGAGCUUGGGAGCUGGACUUGGAAUGCAGAGACGAUGGGUGGCGAGGUGAUCAAGCUGCGGGGCGCUCAGCAGUUCCGCCAACGCUUACUGCUAGCGACGCUGGCCGGCGCUACGCUACGAAUUGAUGAUAUUCGAGCAGAGGAUUCUCGCCCUGGGCUGCGUGACUACGAGGCGUCGUUCCUGCGUUUGCUAGAGAAGGUGAGCAAUGGUUGCUCGGUAGAGAUUAAUGAAACUGGAACUAAGAUUCGGUAUAAACCCGGGGUUUUAAUUGGUGGCCGCGACCUGGUGCACGACUGUGGGACUGGAAGGUCAAUUGGGUAUUUUUUGGAGUCGCUGCUUGUGUUGGGAUUGUUUGGGAAGAAGAGCCUGACGAUAACCUUGAAGGGGAUUACAAAUGGUGGUAAGGAUCCCUGCAUGGAUACGUUUCGCACUACAACGUUGCCUAUAUUGAAGCACUUCGGAGUGCCGAUGGAAAGUCUGGAGCUGAAAAUUGUGCGCAGGGGCGCGCCACCUCUUGGUGGCGGGGAGGUGCGUCUGAAAGUGCCCAUGGUACCCACUUCUCUCACAGCGGUGACUUGGAUGGAUGAGGGAAUGGUGAAGCGCGUGAGGGGUGUGGCUUAUUCUUCUAGGGUUUCACCUCAGAUGUCUAACCGGAUGGUGGACUCCGCGCGUGGCGUUUUGAACCCCUUCCUGCCUGAUGUUUACAUCUUUUCUGACCACGUGAAGGGCGAUGAGGCUGGUAAAUCGCCUGGAUAUGGCAUAUCUAUGGUUGCUGAAACCACAACUGGUUGUCUUUUGAGUGCUGAAGGGGCAGCGCUCACCCAGUCGCACGACGAAGAUGAGGACACGGAGAAGCAGGAGAAGGCUAUGCUGCCCGAGGAUAUUGGGUCUCGUGCCGCCAUGCUCCUGCUGGAAGAAAUCAGGGAGGGUGGUGUAGUUGACUCCACACACCAGAGUCUUCUGUUCCUUCUUUGUGCUCUGUGUCCGGAGGAUGUGUCUAAGAUUCGAGUUGGCAAGCUUUCUCCACACGCAAUUCUGACCCUAAGGCAUAUAAAGUUGAUUUUGGGCGUUCAAUUCAAUAUCAAGCCCGAUCCCACCACUGGUACCAUUAUAUUGACUUGCGUCGGAAGUGGCUACAAGAACAUCUUUCGAAAGACUUCGUAGUGUGUGUGGAGUUUAUCAGAAAGUAGGUGUAGAAUCUUUACAUUCUUUUGGAGGUCUUGUGAGUUUAAUUCUAGUUGUCUGGUGAACGGGGGGUUUGUGGUGUGGGAUUUUGUGAGGUUGCCACAGCAGUGUAGUGAGGUGGGGGUUUGGAAGCGAAUGGUCCGAGACAACGUGGAAACACAGGGGAGUUAGGUGGAAGACAGUGACAUGUGUGAGGCUGUCAUUGACGACGACCUGCUGCUGUCACUAAAACGUUGCUAUAGUUUUGGUUUUAGGGAAUGGUCCGUUGUUAUUUUUCCCUGUCGGACAUAGGUUUUAUCUGCAGUAAGAGGAAGGUAUAGAGGUAUGAAGGAGACUAGCGAAGUAAAGAAGUAUCAGGAUGCUCAACUAUAUAGGUAGUACUUGUACUUAGGAAUAUUUUGUUUCUCAUCAUGUUUUCUUUUUGAUUUCUUUCUCACACAAAUGACAAGGAAGCAGUUUUGGAUGGAAGAGUCCAAAAUCUGUGAACCUUUCUGGUGGUAUGCUGGAGGAGUCCUCGCAACGCAAAAUCACUUCAGAGUUUUUGCAUUUA